CUGUCUUGCAACUCUGUCGUCUUCUUCUUCAACUUGCUCUGGCUUCUUCCAAUGUGGUGCCUCGAACUCUGCUGCUUCUCCUUCUUUUUCUCUUUGUCUCUUCCGCUCUCAUUGUGAUCUCUCCUCUCUGAUCCACUUUUAUCUCCUCCCCACACCCCACAUUCCCUUUCAAGGUGCAUUUCCCAUUUCUGGGUUUUACUCACAGAUUCACUCACCCUUUUCUUGUAUACAUAAGAAGAGGAAUAUAGAGGCUAUCACUCACAUGGAGCAAUACGAGAUUCUGGAGCAAAUUGGUAAAGGAGCUUUUGGUGCUGCUCUUCUUGUGAGGCAUAAGCAUGAGAAGAAGAAGUAUGUGUUGAAAAAGAUUCGUCUUGCCCGUCAGACUGAUAGGUCUCGUAGAUCUGCACACCAGGAGAUGGAGCUUAUUUCUAAACUACGAAAUCCCUUUAUUGUGGAUUACAAGGAUUCCUGGGUAGAGAAGGGUUGCUAUGUCUGCAUUGUUAUUGGUUAUUGUGAAGGAGGUGACAUGGCAGAAGCUAUAAAGAAAGCUAAUGGUCUUCUUUUCUCUGAAGAGAAGCUCUGUAAGUGGCUUGUUCAACUUCUGAUGGCACUCGACUACUUGCACAUGAAUCAUAUUCUUCAUCGUGAUGUCAAGUGUUCAAAUAUAUUCUUGACAAAAGAUCAAGACAUACGUCUUGGUGAUUUUGGACUUGCCAAAAUGUUGACCUCAGAUGAUCUUGCUUCUUCUGUUGUGGGAACUCCAAGCUAUAUGUGUCCUGAGCUUCUUGCUGAUAUACCUUACGGUUCAAAGUCAGAUAUUUGGUCUUUGGGAUGCUGUAUGUAUGAAAUGACUGCUCAUAGGCCUGCAUUUAAAGCAUUUGACAUGCAAGCACUGAUCAACAAAAUAAAUAAGUCUAUAGUUUCUCCACUUCCAACAAAAUAUUCUGGUGCAUUUCGAGGUCUUGUUAAAAGCAUGCUGCGGAAAAACCCAGAAAUUAGACCAAGUGCCGCAGCCCUACUUAGGCAUUCCCACCUUCAGGCUUAUGUUCUUAAGAUUCACCUUAAGAUCAACGGCCCCCGAAGAGGUAGUUUACCUGCCCAGUGGCCUGAAACCACUUACAUGAAGAAAACCAGAUUUUCGGAGCCAAAAGAUGUUCCGUAUUCUACUUACAGGGAAAAGCGCCGUUCAUUCAGCAAUGAUAGGACUUUGAAUCCAAGCAUAUCUGGAGCUGAGCAAGAUUCUCUGUGCUCUACUUUAGAAAUUCAUGACAACCCAAGUUAUCUGACUCAAAGAUUACAAGAGCUGUCUGUUCGAGGCAUCAUCGAAGAGACAGCCAUUUCUAAGACAGUUGUUGCCAAAGCUUCAGAUAUUUCUAAAUCUUCAAGACGUACUACAGCAACAGCUGGUGGCCCUCCUAAAAGAAGUGAAUCGUUUCCUGUUUCAUACACUCCAAGAACUAUCACAACAGCUCGAAGAGCAUCUUUGCCAUUGUCAACAAGAGGUGCAAGUCAACAGUCUCCUUGCAGGCCCAAUAUUGGAAUCCUUCACUGUUUAAAAUCUCCAGAUGUUUCUGUCAAUUCCCCUCGUAUUGACAGGAUGGUGGAAUUCCCUUUAGCCUCUUAUGAAGACCCGUUCUUUCCUGUCCGUAAAACUUCAACAACCUCGGCACAAGGCUCCUCUGGGUCCCCGCAGUACAAUGAUCAUUCCAUCACCAAGGACAAAUGUACAAUAGAGACAGAUAGAGCUUCUGCCAAGCCCAGUUUCCCUGAUGCAUGGCAGGGAAUUCAACGCAGUCUGUUUCAAGCAGAUGGAAAGGAUGGAAGUGAUGAAUGCUCUGAUCAAAAUGCAACUGCUGGGGCGUCAAGCCGUACUUCAUCAGAUUCUCGCCAACGCCGGUUUGACACAUCAUCAUACCAGCAAAGAGCAGAAGCCUUGGAAGGUUUGCUUGAAUUUAGUGCAAGGUUGCUGCAACAGGAAAGGUAUGAUGAGCUUGGGGUGUUGCUGAAGCCAUUUGGGCCUGGGAAGGUAUCCCCUAGGGAAACUGCUAUCUGGUUGACUAAGAGCAUCAAGGAGAAUAAUCUCAAGCAGGAAGAUGUUAUUAAUGAAAUGCUGCCACAUGUACUAUAAAUCUAGCUCUAACAAUUUAUAGAGUCGGCUCUAUUUUGUUUGACGUAUAGAGGCACUAGGAGCUUAGGCAGAUGCUGAUAUCAUAGGUUUUUGAUAGAUUUUCAUGCCUCUUCCAUAUUCAUCAAUGUUUCAAUUUCAAGACUUUCAUUGAGAUGGUAAUUAGGUAUCAUCUGUCAUGGAUUUGUAUUGUAGCUUAACAAAUUAGAUGAGGUAACAGAAGUAUUCUGAUAUGUACAAACGUUUCUUACUGUAUUGUUUCAAUUCCACCGUAUCAAUGGCUUUGUACUGGCACAAUGUCUUAAAGAUUCAUGAAGAUGUAUUUUUCUUGCUUGUUUAUUA